AUGCGAGACGGUUUCUUCAGAGGUUACAACUUCCUUGUUCUCCUUGUUAUUUUACUUCAAUCCGUUGGUGGUCUUCUUGUUGCUGUGGUGAUCAAGUAUGCUGACAAUAUUCUCAAGGUCUUCUCAACAUCAAUCUCCAUCAUCUUAUCAUGCCUUGCUUCAUACUACCUCCUCAAUGACUUCGAACCCAACCGGUAUUUUGCAAUCGGUACACUGGCUGUUCUUGGCGCAACUGUUCUCUAUAGCUUAGGAGGCCGAAAGACACCUGAGCAAACCGAGAUACCCCUCACUACCACCAAAACCUGA